CAAACACUAUUGAAUGUCAUGGAUUAUGAGUAGAUACUUAAUGCACUGUCAACGGUCUACCUUUUUCUUAUUUUCGAUAUGAAAGAAAAUGCCUCUCUAGGCGUCAGUGGCUAGUGCACGUAUCGAACAUUACGAAAUAGUAUCGAUAUCUAGUGAUCUGGUGGUAAAUUAUGGACGAGUUCAAUUAUUCAGCUUUGCAUCUGCAUACAAUCCUGGCAGAAGGGUGUUUUGGAAGUUCCGUAGGUUUGUACCAGUACUACGGGCAGUAUGUGGUUAUCAAGAGCAUCCCUUACGAUAGCCCCGAUUAUGCGUACACGGCCGUUCUAAAGGAGCACAUGAUUCUUUCCCGAAUGAACCAUCCCCGAAUCAUACAAUAUCUGGGGUACUUUCAAGCUGCCAGCAGUUGGAAUAUUGUGCUUGAGUUUGCGGAGCGAGGUAAUUUGGCUACGUUCCUCGAACGACGUUCUGCCGAAAGAGCUUUCCUUAAUCAACACACCGUCAUGGCGAAAAUUGGUGAUAUCGCAGACGGGCUUAUCUAUCUGCAUCAGAGAAACGUUAUUCACCGUGACCUAAAGCCUGCCAACGUACUGAUCUGUGUGGACAACCGACUAAAACUGGCAGAUUUUGGCAUCUCAAAAAUUAUGCACGAUGACGACUUCAAUCGGACAAUUGUCGGUACACCGCUUUAUAUGGCACCUGAGGUGGCUUCCGGCAAGGAUUAUGACUAUAAGAGCGACGUAUGGGCGUUGGGCAUUAUUUUCUAUGAACUGUGCAUGCUGGAACAUCCUUUCGUAAAGAGCGUCGGAGCGGGGAGGAAGCAGAAAUUUCGCGUACCACAAAUCGACUGGAAACGAUGUGGAUACUCUCCGACCGUGCAGAUGCUAUGUGAUAUGACGAUACAGAAAGAUCUGACAAAGCGAUGGAAGCUGGAGGACAUUUUGAAGGAAUAUCACGUUCUACAGUUAAUGAAUCGACCGACUUCUUAGUGCAACUUUUUCAAUGUAUUUCACACUCUUCUCGACCACGCGCCUUGACCAACCGAGCGUAAAAUGUAUCUGUUCCUAUCGGAGCUUUUAGUCUGCUUCUGAACCGUUAUUACCUAAAGUAGAUGGAAAGUAAAUAUAAAACAUUUGUUCA